UCAAAGACAAAAGCAAUUAGGUAGAUAGCUAGCUAAGCUAAGCUAGCUUGCUUUACUAUAAUAUAGUUAUACUGUACGUUCCUGCGGUGCCCUAAAUAAUUAUAUAGACAGACCAGCUAGCUAACUGCUAAAAAUCAAAGAUGGCUCUCCCCUGGGGGAAGAGUAAAUCAGAUGGCCCCAAGACUGUGCACAUAGCCCUGGGAUUCUUCUACAUUAUCAAUUUUGUUGUUGGAACUGGAUUUCUGGGCAUUCCUUAUUCUUUCUACUACAGUGGCUAUGUAGCUGCCAUCCCCACACUGCUGGUCAUUAUGGUAGCAACUGGGAUCAAUGCAAACUAUCUACUGGAGUGUAUGGCAAGAGCUCAGGCAGUGGAAGCACACAAAGAAUCUAUAAAAGCCAGUAUAAAUUCUGAGAAUCCUCAAGACAAGGAGAACUAUGUUCAAAAUGAUGAUAUCAAGCACCCAAAGUUUGAGAUUACAAUACAUCGAAAGUUUGAGCAAGUCGAAAUGUGUGAAAUAUUCUACAGCAAAUGGGUAAAGUACUUAUACCUCAUUGUCCUAACCAUCUACUCGUUCCUCGCACUGUGGUCAUCCUGCACUGUUGCAGGAUCAGCCUGGGCCAUUAACUUGCCGUUUAAUUUCAGCACUAUACAGAAGUGUAAUGAGAGCGAUUUCCAACGUACUCUCCUACCCCCAGAGCCUUGUCUCAACUCAUACUUUGUCAGUCUCUCUAUAUUUGGUGUGAUUGUUAUUCUACUCUCGCUCUUGGAUCUCAAAGAGCAAGCUAUCGUGCAAGUGGUUUUGGGUCUACUUCGAUUCGUCACUGUAGGUGCAAUUGUCAUCUAUAGCAUAGUGAAGAUAUCUGAAUCCGGUAACAAGUGUCUGUUGGAAGGAUUGCCUAACUUCAACGAGACUCCGUAUCCAGCGUACGUAACAAAUGCGACUCACUCACCUCUGAUUGAAAAAUUCAACUUUCUUGGCUGGAUUUCGGCUAUUCCUGUCCUGACGUAUGCAUUCAUUUUUCAUGGAGGCCUACCUUCAAUGACUCAUCCCAUCAAGCAAAAGAAAUACCUGCACUGGUUGUUGCUGGCAAUAUUUGCGGCUACUGGGGUUUGCUAUUUCAGCAUUGGCAUCUUUCUACCCCUCUGGUUCAGAGUCGAGAUACAAGAGACAUGCACUCUAAAUUGGGGUGAGCUGACCCAACCUCCUGCCUCUCUGCCGCUACGAAUCCUCUCCUAUUACAUCAUUCUCUUCCCCUCUCUGGAUGUGGUCUCGGCUUACCCUCUUGGUGUGCACGUGAUCGUGAACAAUGUCUACGUUAUCAUAACUGGUCAAGAUACAUCAGAAAAACCAAAUCAUCGAUUUUCAAAAUACGAUCUCUUACUUCGUCUUGCUCUGAGAUUUUUUUCAGCGCUCCUCCCAGUUUUAAUUGCCUCUGGCGUGGCCAAUCUAAUAUACGUUCUUAACUAUGCUGGACUGUUUGGUUUCGCUAUUUGCUUUGGAUUUCCAACUGCUCUGCAGCUUCGCUCCAUCUAUGUGUGCAAAAAGAGAUUUGCUCAUACACUGAAAAAGCAUGACAAGAGUCAAGUUGCUGCCAUCAAGGGAUUGCACUCUGUCCAAGAGACUACUCCAUUGAUACCAGCUCAAGAGGUUCGAGGGAGUGAUCAAUCGCUGUACAUGACUCCCUACUCCAACAGACUCUUCAGUCACCCAAUAGCAGCUUGGAUGGUCGGAGCUAUGGGAUUCGUGUUGUUCUGCCUGACAUUUGCCAGUUUGUUCACUAGUGUGUUUUACCCCCAGAGGGUAGAAUCUUGUUAUUCAGGACUUGAUGAAUUUUAGUAGGUUUUUAUUGAUUUUUUAUUUUUUAUUUUUUAUUG